CUUCUGCGCCGCCGCCUAGGGCGUGCGAACCGCUGGCCGCAGCUGGUGCGCGCAUGUCGGGCUGCGCGGGGUGGCGGCGCUGCCCGCGGGCUCUGCGGCGCGGCCGGGGCCCGCUACUGACCGCGCUGGCGCUGCUGGCGCUGGCGGGACUGGGCUCCGAGCUGCGCGCACGGCGCCGGGCCGGGGCGGCCAAGCCCGCUCCCCCGCGCCCGGGGCGUCUCGACCCAGUCCUGCCCCGGCCUCCAGUGCCCGAUCACGCCCUGGGCGCGCGGGGCCAGGCGGUGCGGCUGCAGCUGGAGGGCGAGGAGCUGCGGCUGCAGGAGGAGAGCGUGCGGCUGCACCAGAUCAACAUCUACCUUAGCGACCGCAUCUCGCUGCACCGCCGCCUGCCGGAGCGCUGGAACCCGCUGUGCAAAGAGAAGAAAUAUAACUAUGAAGAGUUGCCUACGACAUCUGUUGUCAUUGCCUUUUAUAAUGAAGCCUGGUCAACUCUCCUUCGGACAGUGUACAGUGUCCUCGAGACGUCGCCAGACAUCCUGCUAGAGGAAGUCAUUCUUGUGGAUGACUACAGUGAUAGAGAGCACCUGAAGGAACGCCUGGCGGCCGAGCUGGCGGGCCUGCCCAAGGUGCGCCUGAUUCGUGCCACCAAGAGAGAGGGCCUGGUGCGCGCCCGGCUGCUCGGGGCUUCCAUCGCGCAGGGAGACGUGCUGACCUUCCUCGACUGCCACUGUGAGUGCCACGAGGGUUGGCUGGAGCCGCUGCUGCAGAGGAUCCAUGAGGAGGAGUCGGCGGUGGUGUGCCCUGUGAUUGACGUGAUCGACUGGAACACCUUUGAGUACCUGGGGAACCCUGGGGAGCCCCAGAUCGGAGGCUUUGACUGGAGGCUGGUCUUCACAUGGCACACGGUUCCCGAGAGGGAGAGGAGGCGGAUGCGGUCCCCUGUGGAUGUCAUCAGGUCUCCAACAAUGGCUGGUGGUCUGUUUGCUGUGAGUAAGAAAUAUUUUGAAUAUCUGGGGUCUUAUGAUACAGGAAUGGAAGUCUGGGGCGGAGAAAACCUCGAAUUCUCUUUUAGGAUCUGGCAGUGCGGUGGGAGCCUGGAGACGCAUCCCUGUUCUCACGUGGGCCACGUUUUCCCCAAGCAAGCUCCUUACUCCCGCAAAAAGGCUCUGGCCAACAGCGUCCGUGCGGCUGAAGUGUGGAUGGACGGCUUCAAAGACCUCUACUACCACCGUAAUCCCCACGCUCGCUUGGAACCCUUUGGGGACGUGACAGAGAGGCGGCAGCUUCGUGAGAAGCUGCAGUGCAAGGACUUCAGGUGGUUCUUGAACAACGUGUAUCCAGAGCUGCACGUGCCUGAGGACAGGCCUGGCUUCUUUGGGAUGCUGCAGAACAAAGGACUUUAUAGUUACUGCUUUGACUACAAUCCUCCAAAUGAGAACCAGGUUGCAGGGCACCAGGUCAUACUGUACCCCUGUCAUGGGAUGGGCCAGAACCAGUUUUUUGAGUACACGUCCCAGAAUGAGAUUCGCUACAACACCCGCCAGCCAGAGGGCUGUGUCGCCGUGGAGACAGGAGUGGAUGCUCUCACCAUGCAGCUUUGCCAAGAAACCACCCCAGAGAACCAGAAAUUCAUCCUGCAGGAGGAUGGCUCUUUAUUGCACAUACAGUCUAAGAAAUGUGUUCAGGCUGAGAAGAAGGAGUCCAGUGACAGUUUUGUGCCACUCUUACGAGACUGUACCCACUUGGAACACCAGCAGUGGUUCUUCAAGGAACGCAUGAGAUAAAAUGUCACCAAGGAGCCCAUCUGGGGAACCUAAGGGACUCCUGGACUCUGUGUCAAUAGGGGCUUACAAGGAAAAGUCCACCGAAAACUUGACUUCUCUUUUCAUACAAGGAAAUUAUUUCUCCACUUGUGAAAGUGGUGUUGGGUUUAUUUAAAAUGUGAGUACACUUUGUACGGAUGCUGAACACUUUAAAAUUGUCCCUCUAUUCACAAAGGGCCAUCAUAAAAUAUGAACUCUUGGUUUUUCAAAGAGUUAAAACUGUUAGAUAUUUUUCUAUCAAGAUGUUGAUUCUACUGUUGUGCCUUUUUAUCUCCUCUAGCAAAAAAAAAAAAAAAGUUGACAUUUGAUAGUGGCCUUUACAAAGACUCCCAGGUCUGAAGAUGUUUACACAUGUGCGAAAUAGAUGCAAACAGUGUAAUUUGCGUAAAUCAGUAAUACCUCACAAUUUGAGCUUGACUCUCCCCCGUGUAGACAGAUGGAAUCUAGGUACCUUAUCUUGAUUCCUCUGCCUCAUUCAGAUAGUAUAGGGUUGGGGGCCAGGCGGUAGCAGAGCAGGUUAAGCGCACGUGGUGCAAAGCACAAGGACUGGCAUAAGGAUCUUGGUUUGAGCCCGUCUCCCCACCUGUGGGGAGUCACUUCACAAGUGGUGAAGAAGCUCUGCAGGUGUCUUUCUCUCCCCCUCUCUGUCUUCCCCUCCUCUCUCCAUUUCUCUCUGUCCUAUCCAACAGCAACAACAUCAAUAACAACAAUAAUAACCACAGCAAAAAUAGGGGGAAAAAUAGCCUCCAGGAGCAGUGGAUUUGUGGUGCAGGCACUUAGCCUCAGCAGUAUCCCUGGAGACAAAAAAAAAAAAAAGAUCUUAUAGGGUUAUUUAAUAAAGAAUGCUCUCUGAUACUGUGUUGCUACCAUAGUCAAAACUCUGGUUCAUGUUCUUAUUAACCAGAGAUGACUAACCAAAGCUGAAAUGUCCAGGAACAGUUUAAUUUAAUGAAUUGCUACAAAUUGACAGCUCAUGGAAUGUGCUUUGGACAGUAUCUAGCUGUGAUGUUUAUUUGUCCUUCCAGUAGUCACCACCAUAGAUUUAACACAUUUCUAUCAUUCAAAAAAAUUUUUUUUCAUCAUCACCAGGCCUUCACUGCUCUAGGCUGACAUUUUCAGAUAGAAAAACAGAGAUAGCAAUAGAGAGACAGAGACAUACCUUGGCACCAAACUUUCCCUCAGUGCAGUCAGGGCCCAUAUUUAUGUUAAUGUUAAUUUUUUUUUCCUCCAGGGUUAUUGCUGGGCUCGGUGCCUGCAUUUUUCCCCCUUUUGUUGCCUUUGUUGUUGUAGCCUCAUUGUGGUUAUUAUUGUUGCCAUUGUUGAUGUCGUCGUUGUUGGAUAGGACAGAGAGAAAUGGAGAGAUUAGGGGAAGACAGAGAGGGGGAGAGAAAGAUAGACACCUGCAGGUGGGGAGCCGGGGGCUCGAACCGGGAUCCUUACGCCAGUCCUUCCGCUUUGCGCCACAUGCGCUUAACCCACUGCGCCACCGCCCAACCCCCUUUAAUGUUAAUUUUUAAGAUAUUUAACUAUUGAGGGAAAAAUAUGGUUUCCUAUAAAUCCACGUGUCUAAUUUAUUCAUUGAUGACAUUUCCAAUAGAGGUUAUUACAAUCAAUGUUAGAUUUGUGUCCUGUAGCGACAACUGCUUCAGUUUUGUUGUUGUUUCUUUGGUUUGGUUUGUUUUUUUAUGUAAUUCUGAUUUGUGACUGCUUCUGGAUUUACUUCUAGAGCUUGUCAAGUUGAUAAAGACAAUGUGAAUGAUUUUUUAAAAUGUGAGCAUGUUGCAGAUCUCAACCAAUCAGAUGAGAGAUGAAGAUAUAUGUGCUGUUGAUUAAAAAGUACACUUUG